CUGCGCUCUUCAGAACUGCUUCGGAAAUUCUGCCGCCCCAGGUGCAGCGUGCAGCCUGUAGUCAGAAGCCCGGAUCGCAGAAAUGUCAGUUCGGCAGAGCAGACGCCGUCAAGCAAAAGGCGGGGGGGGGGCGCCCACUUUUUUUGAGGACCGCCUCGCUGCUCGAGGGGGGCACUGGGCGUGCAGCGGGACACAGCGAGGAAAGCGCACAGAACGCACGCUCCGCAGCAACUCUCCCAUAGGGGAAGAAUUGACCGCCGCCUUGGGCAACCCCGCAAGCAGCCCGUGCCAGUCUGGCCGCUUGAAGGGAAGCGCAGACGAAGGGAGGAGGAAGACGAGGAGGAGGAGGAGAGAGGAGGAGGAGGAGGAGGAGGAGGAGGAGGAGGAGGAGGAGGAGGAGGAUCAACAAUUGCCCUCCGAAGCACGCUCACCCUACAGCGGUGCGCGGAUUGCCGAGAAGCUCCCUUUAAAAAGGCUAGUCGGUCUGACAGUCGCAGUCCAGCCCACCCAGUGGAGGGCGCGGAGGAGGGAGGGAGAGACGGAGAACGAAGAAAGAGACAAGGGCGGGAGAAGGGACACGGAGAGGCACGUCGCCCACCCGCGACCAUUCUAGAGGAAGAGCAAGGUGCACAGACCAUGAACGUGUGGUGGCCCGCGCAGAUGUCAUGGAUCGGCGCUGGACACCCCGCCCCCGGGCGCGCGGAGCGCGACAACGGCGCCGCCAGAGGCGCCGCCAAGGGGGGUCCAGCGCCGAUCCAAGAAACCCGCGCGGAGCUCCAAACGUUUAUGCUUCUGACGUUCCUCCUUCCUCGAAAGGAGCAGGGCUGCGCACGGGGGGGCGCGUCUCCCGCCCGGGAGCUCCGGGCUCUCGGGACCAGCUGCCCUCGGGAAUGAACCUUAGCGCCGACCCUCGCUGCGAGAGCCCAGCUAAACCCUCCCGCGCGGCGCCGCCGCUGGGGGCUCGCGCGCCCGCGCGCCCGCGCCGCGCGCGUGGUCCCGCGCGCACGCCGCGCCCUCCAAGGGCGCGGCCGGGUGGCACGGGCCGGGCCGGCCAAGAAAUGCAGGCAUUUUUGGACGCCCGAAGUCGGCGUGCGCGCGCGCGCCGGAGGCAGGCCUGCAGGUGCGCCCUCCG